GAGAGGCCACAGAAUCAACAACAUGGAGGACAUCAAAGAGGUCAAGGAAAAUGUGAAGGAAGUUUUGACGAAAGUAGAAGAGGCGUUCGGAAACGCAGGCAAGACUUUAUUUCCUAAUGAAGAACCAAAGAAUGACAGGGACCUAAUAAGAUAUGUAGUUAAAGCAAUGGCUAUGGAAGCUUGUUUUAAAGAGCAUGUUGCUCUUCAGGAAUGCAUGAGACGAAGCUGGUUUAGUAUAUGUCAUAGAAAACAAACGGAAUACUGGGACUGCUACCGCAAAGAAACUAUCAGACUACGGAAGCAUUAUGAUGUGUAUUGGGAUAAAUAAUUUUUAAAAAAAGAAACUUCUGCCAGAAACCUUGCAUCAAGUUAUGGUUUUCAACUCAAUCAUUACAUUCAAGUUAAAACUAGACAGUCCAACUAUUGAAGGUCAACUGGAUUUAUGUCUAGUCUGCAAUUUCACAAAGAAGGAUACUCUGACUAGGUUGGUGACCAAAGUAAAAACAUGUGGCCUUACGUCAACCUGCAAAGUCCCAACUGCCUUGUCCCUAAAGCCAAUUAAACCUCACAACAUCAGAAAGGUGCUGCAUUUCAAACUCUUCACCUUAACAGUGCAGUGUACCACAGAAUUGUCAGUUUUGGGUUAAAUUCUGUAACAGAGACCACUGAAUAAACAGAGUGACGACUCA